GCAAGUCUAAUUCGUCGCAUACUCUCGCUAUCAGGGGCGUCUCUCAAAAUCGAUUAUCUUGUAGUUAUUACUUAGUUGCUGUCAAAAUGGCUUCCGAGAAGAAGGACAAGCUCGAACCCCAAAUCAAGUCCGUCGACAUGUCGGAGGACAUGCAGCAGGAGGCUGUCGAAGUUGCUAUCGAGGCUAUGGAGAAGUAUCAUAUUGAGAAGGACAUUGCUCAAUACAUCAAGAGAGAAUUUGACUCUCGCAAAGGCGCUACAUGGCACUGUGUGGUGGGAAGGAACUUUGGAAGCUUUGUGACGCACGAAACGAAGCACUUCAUUUACUUCUACCUCGGCCACUGCGCUAUCCUUUUAUUCAAGACACAAUAAGCCAGCGGAAAACAACACUCGAUACCUUUCACUCAAGUCGGAAGGAACGCAUAUGCUACUUCAACUCCCAUACCACUUUGUCACGAUUCCCCAACCGCAUUGAGAGAACACCUCGAGCCAAAAUAGUCAUAACUCCUUAGCAUGCGACAUUUUGUUAUCACAAUUCAUUCGGUGUUAUUAUUGGUAAAUCUAUGCCUGAAC